UAGAUAAAUGGAUAUCGCCCAUCUCUACCAUAUCCCUGCAACUCUCUCUCUCUCUCUCUCUCUCUCUCAUCUACACUUCUACAGCUAUAGCUGUAAUGGCGACAUUCAACUCGUCUCUCCCCUCUAAAAUGCUAAUUUCUCCGUCACCGUACCUCCCCGACUCGAAAGUUAGGCCUUCAGUUCCAGUAUAUGCAUCAAGGGUUCCUCUUGUUUCUCCGUUUCGUUUCAAGUCAGUAUCAUACUUCUCAGCUCCUCUUUCGAAGUCUUCUUCGUUUUCUUCGUUUCGGACAAACAUUCGAGCGGCGGUCGGUGGAGACUCUAGGAGGAACAAUAGUAAUGAGCCUAGGGAAACUAUUAUGCUACCUGGUUGUGAUUACAAUCACUGGCUCAUCGUCAUGGAAUUUCCCAAAGACCCAGCCCCGACGAGAGAGCAGAUGAUCGAUACCUAUCUCAAUACUCUUGCUACCGUAUUGGGAAGUAUGGAAGAAGCGAAGAAGAAUAUGUACGCCUUCAGUACUACCACCUACACUGGAUUCCAAUGUACUGUUUCAGAAGAAACAUCUGAGAAGUUCAAGGGGUUGCCUGGAGUUCUCUGGGUCUUGCCGGAUUCAUAUAUAGAUGUGAAAAAUAAGGAUUACGGAGGUGAUAAGUAUAUUAAUGGGGAGAUAAUACCGUGCAAAUACCCCACCUAUCAACCAAAGCAACGAAGUGGAUCAAAAUAUGAGAGUAGAAGGUAUGAAAGACGGAGAGAUGGUCCCCCUCCUGAGCGGAGAAGACCCAGACAAGAGGCAACUCAACCAGACUCAGCCUCUGGAUGAGGCCUUUGAUGUUUUGAUUUUGAAGACACUCACAACGUUGCAAACUUCUAGGACUUGCCCUUGAUUGUUUGUUAGAGACACCAUCAUGACUAGAUAAUUGAGUUGGAAAUUGGGAGAUGCUACCUAAAUAGUGCCUAUGGUUAAGGGUCUGUUCAUAUAUAGUUAAGGCACCGGUGUAGUUCCAUCUGGUGGAAACUAGAUACUGGAAGAGUAUGUUUUGUAUGACUGUUUAUGACCUAAGAAAUGAUUGAUUCAGUUGUAGUUAUACCUC